CGUAAUCUAUGCAUCUUGCUUCAUACUAUUUUAUUUGGCCUAAUUAUGCACAAAAUACCAAUCCAAUCAUGUUUUUUUCCUAAUUAAUGCAGUCAUGGCUCGUUUGGGUAUAACUAGAAUUGCUGAAAGAAGAAAAAGGAUUGUGGCUGCUUUGACUGUUUUUUUAGAGAUGUAUACUGCUGUUAGUGCUUUAGUACUUUUAAUGGCAUCAACAACAUCUCUCAAUAGUUAUAGGCCAAGCAUUAAGCACUAUUCUCUUGAUAGUUAUUACAAAAGAGAGUACGUUCAACGAAUUUUGAAUAAUAACGAGUUAUGCAUUUCACUACUUAGGAUGAAUUUGCAAACUUUUUCCAAACUAUGUGAAAUGCUAGAGAGUUUAGGAGGAUUAAAACCAACAAGGAACAUGACUAUUGGGGAACAAGUAGUAAUCUUCUUACAUAUUCUUGCUCAUCAUGUUAAAAAUCGAGUCAUUCAAUACAAUUAUGGAAGGUCAGGUGAGAGUAUCAGUCGAGCGUUUCAUAAAGUCCUGAAUGCUAUAAUGCAUUUGCAAGGUCAUUUGUUUAGAACACCCGAACCCAUUUCGGCAAAUUGUACCGACAGUCGAUGGAAGUGGUUUAAGAAUUGUUUAGGUGCUUUAGAUGGGACCUUUAUCAAGGUUAAUGUGCCAAGUUCUGAUAAGCCUAGAUAUCGAACUCGUAAGGGAGACAUUGCAACAAAUGUUUUAGGUGUGUGCACUCCUGAUAUGCAAUUUGUAUAUGUUCUAAGUGGUUGGGAAGGAUCAGUGGCUGAUAGUCGAGUUCUUCGUGAUGCAAUUAGUAGGACACAUGCAUUGGAAGUGCCACAUGGUUGCUAUUACCUAGUUGAUGCUGGUUAUACAAAUUGUGAGGGGUUUCUAGCACCUUUUAGGGGACAAAGGUAUCAUUUGAAUGAAUGGCGUCAUGGUUAUCAACCAACAAGCCCGCAAGAAUUUUUUAAUAUGAAACAUGCAGCUGCUCGUAAUGUGAUUGAGAGGUGUUUUGGGUUAUUAAAAAUUAGAUGGGGUAUUCUUAGGAGCCCAUCAUAUUACCCUAUAAAGACACACAAUCGCAUUAUUAUAGCAUGUUGUUUGCUCCACAACCUUAUUAGACAAGUGAUGCAAGUCGAUCCUAUGGAAAGUGAACUUGAUGCGUUUGAUACGGUUGAAGGUGAAACGAAUUCAAUAAAUACAGUUGAUCCAUCUGAUGCUUGGACUAAUUGGCGAAUGGAAUUAGCAAAUCAAAUGUUCAAUCAAUGGAAUAAUUAGGAGUCUGAUUUUUUAUUAUCUUUUAUGAGCUUGUUGUCUCAAUUUUAUUUGAUGUAAAACUCUAUGUUUGUCAAAAAUUUGAACUACUCCAUGACAUUUGCUUAUGUUGAAAUUGUUAUGACAUUUAAUUAUGUUUCCUUUCAAGUUUAGCACAUAAUUAUAUUUCCUUUCAAGUUUAGCACAUAAUUAUGGCAACUGCUGACACGGGUAGCUCAAAAGUAAAGAACAGAAGGUGGACUCAUGAAGAAGAUGCUAUGUUGGUUUCUUGCAUGGUUGAUUUGCAUAAUAUGGGAACAAAAAAGUCUGAUACUGGAUUUAAAGCUGGCUAUUUGAGUGAGUUAGAGAAAAUGCUUACAACUAAAUUACCUAACUCAAAUAUAAAAGGUAAACCACACAUUGAGUCCAGAAUUAAAACAUUGAAGAAAGAAUGGAGCAUUGUCCAUGAUUUGUUCACAAAUCAUAAUAGUGGAUUUGGAUGGGAUGAUGAAAGGAAGAUGGUUACUGCUGAAGAUGAUGUUUGGGAGGCUUAUUUAAGUAGUCAUAAAGAAGCUGCGCAAUAUAGAAGGAAAACCUUUCCUUUUUAUAAUGAGUUUACUGAUAUUUAUGGAAAAGAUCGUGCUACUGGCAAAGAUUCACAAACAGGUGCAGAUAUAGUUUAUGAAAUGGGUAAUGCUGAAGCUGUUGAAGGCAUUGGUGGAACAAUGGAAGGUAGUCAAGAUGACAAUCCAGUUGAAUUGCAAGACAAUGAUUUUUCGUUUGUCCCUACUCAAUCAUCUGGUGCUAGAGAGAUGAGUUCAACAAAGAGGAAGAGGAAAAGAAGUGACACAUGUGAACCUAUUACUGCAGAUUCUUUGCUUGGUGCUGCCAUGAUGUUGAGUGAGAAGUUGGAAUCGGUAGGAGACAAAAUAAGUAAAAGUCUUGGAACUGAAUUGACCCUUCAACAAAAAAUUGAGCAAUUAGAGGGUAAGUUGAGUGAGAUUGAGGGGCUGGAAUAUGAUGACAAGUUUAUGGCUUUGAUCAAGCUUCCUGAAUAA